GGCUGCAAACCCUUCUUCCUCUCUGGCUCUCUUUUUCUGUCUCGCCCUCGCUCUCUCUCGCCCUCGCUUUCGCUGCCUCGCCCUUGCCCUCGCGGUUGCGGCUCGCUGCUGCCAUCGCCCUAGCCCUCGCGGUCGCGGCUCGCCGUCGCCCUAGCCCUAGCCCUUGCCCACGCUCGCGGCUGGCUGCCUCGCCCUCGCCCCUGGCUUGCUCGCUCUCUCGCUCUCGCUUGCUCGCUCGCUCGCUCGCAGCUCGCCCGCUCGCUCGCUCGCAGCUCGCCCGCUCGCUCGCUCGCAGCUCGCCCGCUCGCUCGGUCAGUAGCUGGGGAGAAUUUUUUUUGGAUCCGACCCAAAUAGCUCACUUAAUUCACCUGCACGUAUCUCUCUCUCAAUAUCUCAAAAAGCUCUCAACUUCCGACGAACAGACAGUGUUCGGCCGUUUUUCGACAAGUCAAUAGCGACGGUUGCAAUGGGGUCUUGCGCCCCUCCCUGUUUAUGAAGGGUAAAGCAAGAAAGAAUGAGGAACGUGAUGCUUGGUUGUUGUAAGGUAUACAUAUCUGAGAGCCGAAACAAGGCUGCCCUCAAUUCAAUUGAACGAGCAGCUGUCCUAUUCCCGCAAGUUGCCAUUGUCAACCGUUUUGAAGAUGAGGCUUACAAUAGAGUUGGUUACACCCUUGUCUCCAAGUUGGCACCAAAGCCAUCCUCAAUUUUGUGUCCUCUGAAGAGUGUUGUGUUUGCCAUGGUUAAAACUGCUUUCGAUGCCAUUGACUUCAACUCGCACAGUGGAAGUCAUCCUCGACUUGGGGUUGUGGACCAUAUUUGUUUCCAUCCAUUAGGUUCUACUUCUUUGGACCAAAUGGCAGGGAUUGCGAGAUCUCUAGCUGCUGAUAUUGGCUCAACCAUGCAAGUGCCAACAUUCUUGUAUGGAUUUGCCCAUAAAGAGGGAAGAACACUCGAUUCAAUCAGGCGAGAGUUGGGGUAUUUUAAGCCUAAUUUGGGUGGAAACCACUGGGCUGGAGGGCCUAAAUCAGAGUUGUUGCCACUAAAGCCAGACGAGGGUCCAUCUUAUGCAGUUCAAGAAAAGGGCUUAGUAGUUAUUGGAGCAACCUUGUGGGUUGAUAACUAUAAUGUCCCGGUCUACUCUACUGACAUUGCUGCAGUUGGGAGAAUCGCAAGAAGGGUAAGUGGGAGAGGUAAGGGACUUCAAUCUGUGCAAGCCAUGGCGCUUGUUCAUGACCAAGAUGUAAUUGAAGUAGCUUGCAACUUGUUGGAUCCAAGUACAGUAGGAGGUGAUUUGGUUCAACUAGAAGUCGAGAGGAUUGCCAGGGAAGAAGGUUUGGUUGCAGGGAAGGGAUAUUAUACUGAUUUGUCACAAGAAAAGAUAAUUGAAAGUUAUUUGAAGUUGGAUCUUCACUAAGGAUUGAAAGAUUAGAGAAAUUGUUGUUCCAUGAAUAGGCGCUCCAAGUUAUUUACAGGGAAUUUCACAUAUUGCAGUCUAAGGUACUAUUUUUACAUUUAAUUCAUUGUUUUUGUGUUGGUAUGAUCUUGAGAAGUUGCAAUGUAGUGGGACAUUUGGAAAGUGUUUGGACUAUGUUAUAAUAUAUGGUCAUUCAUCUUGCAUAAUUUGUAGAUGAAAUAAUCUACAAAUUCAUUGCUUUUUCAUAGUCUAGAUGCUAUCUUAUAAGAAGCCAUAUGUAGCAAAACAAUCAAGCUAUUCCUUUUUGGGCGGGCUUUAGUAGCAAUGGUAAAAUUGCUC